UAAAACAGACUAAUAUCUCGAGUAGCUACCUAUAAGUUAUAACAUUAGAGAAAAGUAUAUAUAGUAAUAUGGGUAGUUGUGUUCACCGGUUACUUAAUCAUUCUUUAUAUUUUAUACAAUAAUGAAAUAAACUAAGGAUCGUUAAUUUGAAACCAAAUAGGUGGAGUUAUAAAUGUGUUCUUUACAAAUCACUGUUGACUAAGGUUUUGAUUUUGGUUGCGUCUGCCGUCUGCGUGUAGCUUCUGAAGACAUUUUUUAUUUACUAUAAAAUAAUUUAAUACCAAACAAGUCACUAGUAUUAGAAAUUGUAAUUUUAUUUUAGUACAUUUAUUGUAUCAUAUUUUAUGCAUUGUAUUUUAUUAUACAUUUAACCUGAAAUGGAAACUUCGGAUUUUGUUUUUAUUAUUAUGAGAUUCUUGUAAUGGAAGCUCCUAAGGGCUCUUCCGAGGGUGAAGAUCUCCCGAGUGAUUUCUUCGAUGAUUUUCAUAAAGACGAAUUUAUAGAUGGUCUUAGUGUUAUCGAUAGUUGGGAUCCAAGUGACAACAAACAAGGACAGUCGCGAUCUAGAAUUAACGCCGAGGCAAUAGACAGUGUUCAAGAUCUUCGUGAGCUUAUUGGAGAUAAACAAGACGAUAAGAAAUAUUAUGAUAAGUAUGAAGAUGAAGUAGAUCAUUACAGAACCAGAGAUCGCUCCUUCAGCGCCCAUCGUAUGGACGGAUACAUCAAGCCCGGUAGCCGCCGAGAUCCAUCUAAAACUAAUGACGCCAUUAAGAGAGACAAGGAGGUUAAAGUGAAGGAGUACUUAGCUAAACAUUUAGAAUCUAAUGAUGUUAUACGUCCUCCUGGAACAGAACUGGACGAAUUUUAUGGUGAACGUGUGCAUGAAGACGCAAGGCGGUCUAGAUACAGAAAACGUCCAUCAUCUAUGAGAGGGUUUAUGGAAUCUCCACCCAGGGAACCGAGGGAGCGCAGAAUAUCACCAUCAUAUAGAUUCCGUUGGGAGUCACCUUCAAAACGUCACCGCAUGUCCCCGCAGCGCUAUCGACGCCCACACUGGAGUCCACGACGACACCAUUAUAAUGACAUGCAUCAUAGCCCACGUUGGAGUCCACAUAAAUCUUAUCAUCACCCGCAUGGUAGUAACAAAAGAUUUCAUAAAUACAGCCUUCAUAGACACAAUUCUGAUUUCACUAGAGAACAUCGAUCAAGAUCACCUUACCAGCGUCUCCAGCAAAGAUCCCGAUCUCCAAGAUCUGUCAGAGAAUACCAUCGAACCCGAUCACAAUCUUUUAACAGAUCUGAAAAGGAGUACCGCAGAUCAGUUUCAAAAUCACACUCUUUCAAAGCUGCCAAAGACAAUUUUCAUUAUCAAAAUGAUCCUUAUCCAACCAAAGGUGAAAUGAUUUAUCAAGGCGACCCAUUUCCUGAGUAUACCAGAGCAGAACCAGAAUAUUCUGGAAAUGUUCAAAGCUACUCACAGGCUAACCCUUAUCCACAGGCUGCGGACUACAGUGGGUAUGUUCCAUAUGAAUAUGGAUCUGCUCCGGCAUUGCCACAGCCUGUUCCAGCGCCCAAUGUAUCCAUGUUACAAGUAGAACAACCUCUUCCCUCCAACACUAUGGUUCCAGCCCUGGUAAAAAACAUUUCACCUGGUUCCAAAAUGCCAUCCACUUCCCAACUAUUAGAAACCGGAAAUCAACCAAAGGAUGCUUUAGCCCAAUUGGUUGCAGAUGGAAAAUUAUCUCACGAAGACUAUUUGAAACUCGCUCCAAAUAAAGGUGGUCCCGUUGUAAACAAUAGUCUUAAAGAGGAGGUACUUCAUCGUUGCUACAGUGCCAUAUCCAAAUUAGAUUCAAUGGUACUACCAAACCAACUUAUAAUCAACAAUGAACUAUUUGGACAAGAAACUAAACAAAUUGCUCCUAAAUUCUGUUCGCCAUUGAAGAGACAGGCUCCUCCCGAGUUUCAAUUUUCCAAGUUCAAUCCGUCAGUGACUUUACAGCAGAAUAAAAAAAUUGUGGACACCAUCGUAUCAACAUUGUCCCUCGAGAAGAUCGUUGGAAUAACGAAGAAGAAAGUAAAGAAGGACUUCAAAGAUGUCGCUGUGCAGACAAGCAAACCGUUUUGUGAUAUGUGUGUUAUACGGGAAUCGACGAAGUUUUGCAGUGUCGGUACGUGUAUAGAUCGCGAGCAAAUCACAACCACUGUUCACACGCAAGUUGUGGAUCAGGAUUUGGUUAGCUCGAAAUCCGUUUUCAAUCCGAGUGGCAGUGUGACGGACGGUGCGACGUUUUCCAUAGCGCAUAUGACCCCAGCACAAUUGGUGUCCCAGCUAGCAGCUCGUGCGAAGACUUUGAAACAAGCGGAACCUCAAGGCUCGAACCAAUAUCGAAGAAACAACUAUGAUCAAGACAGUAGAGGGCAAUAUGGAAGCAGCUACAAUUACCGCUAUUGAACUCCAAAAAUAAAGAUUAUUAAAUGAAGCAUUCAAUUUUCUUUUUAUCUUAUUCUGAUGCAAUAGUGUGGGUAAUAGACUAGCAUUGCCACUGUUGGAGGUGCAAUGUGUUAUAAGUUUAUUACUCUCUAAUAUCAUUAGCCAAACUUUUUAAAAAGAUAUUUAAAAUUGAAUGUUACUCCUCGAAUUCGAGACCCAACUAACUUAACUUUUGAGGGUAGGGUGUAAAAAAAUAUAUUUUUGUUCCAAAUAAAAUGAAUUAUAAUUAAUUUUACGAAAUAUCUUUUUAAAACAUGUUCUCAUGCUUAAAUCUAGGUUACUGUAGAUUAAUAUUUUUAUUGUACAAUUUUUUUAAGAUAUUAAAUAAAUCAUAAAUAAAGAGUUGUGUCUGAUUUGAAUUACGCUAAAAAAGAAAGACAUCCCUACACUGAAGAAUAUUUGUUCUUCUAGUCUGUUGUUCCAUACCACUUGCGGAAUUUUGGACUGGUGACUAGAUGUGCCUACCAACGAUUUAAGAGACAAAACCAUUAAACUAACAGAAUGGCUUAAAAACAAGCCAUAUUCAUUUCCUUGUUCUUGAAUAAGAAUAUUUUCACUCCACCAUCACUUUUUUCAUUUAUCCAACUUAUGUUCAACACCAAAUGAAUAUAAUCCUUUAUGAAACGGUAAGUCAUAUUACGAAAUUCCAUUUCAUUAAAUAUAUAUAUAUUAAUUACUAUGUCAAUGUUACAGGAAGCUUGAAGGAUGAGAAAGCAUCAAUUUUCAAGAAUGCAUGCGUACGAUUUUUCCAUCGCCUUUUGCAUUGAAGUAGUUGGUAAGAUAUGGCGUUUAAGUCUUAAAAUGUUUUAUUAAUUAGAAAUUUCAUACAGAAAUUCCUUCCAAGACUUAUUUAAAUUAAAAACAUUACGUAAAUAUACUCUACAUUUAUAGACCUUGGUGACAAAAAAAUCCUUGUUUAUAAAUAGUUGGUUACUUUUAAAAGAAAAUAUCUUAGGUAUAAAUAAUUUUAAAUAAAUUGAAAUUUUUAGUGA